CGCGGGAACGCGCAUGACGUUUGAAGCUCACAGCGGAUUUACCGGAGCCCCGGGCCCGGACAGGAAACGAUUGUUUCAGUCUGUUCAAUGUGAAAAUUGGUGAACUUCUGCCAAAACGUUUUAGAUGGUCCCUUGGCGCCCAGUAUGGCCCAGGUGUCAAGUAGUAAUGGGCUCAGACAAAAAGUAUCUUCACCUACGACAAGCACAAAAGAUGUUGAUAAGGAAGAGGCGCUGCAGAUGGAAGCUGAAGCGUUGGCCAAACUGCGCAAAGAAAGAAAUGUAAUCGGCAAUCAGAACAAUGAUUUCCUCAAAGUGUCUCCGGUCUCCAUCAAGCAGGAUACGGAUCUUAUGGUCUUCCCAGAGUCUGAUGCCAAAAAGAGGAGUGAAAGAAGCUUGCAAAGUACAGACUUCGAUAAACUAACUCCAGCAGAGCUGGAGAAGCUGCUGCUGGACGAAAAUUUUGAGUGUAGCAAACCACCCAAGCCACUAGCUGUAACUCAGACGCAAUUAUUUAACCCUUGCAUCUCCACACAGUAUUGCCUUCAGCCGUCCUUUCAAAGGAACCAUUGGGGAUCUAGCAUCCAGGGACCUGCUUCAUGCACUUUACCACCAAAUUUCUCUAUACCAUUUCCAAAAUGUUCUGAUCCUUUCCAGAAUGGGUUCAAUACAAACGUGUCUGUUGUGCCACGUAAGGAGACUGUCUAUCUUGGGUUGCCUGCUCAAGUGCCAUUUGUGUCUUUCCCUAUGUCGACAGGCACAGCUUCGUUCCAUUUAACUCGGAGCCUACCAACUUUCUCAAACAUGGUCAGCCCAGACAUGGCCAAAUUAUUAGACAAAGUAGCGAAGACUUCUGAAUUUUUAAAGAAUGGGAAGUCCAGCCAUGACAGUGACUUGGCACGAACAGAGAUUGAUGUAAGUUCUAUGCAGAGGUCAGAAAAGCCAGAUGAUAUUAGUAAAUUUGAUUGGUUGGAUCUCGAUCCUCUUAGCAAACCCAAGGUAGAUAGUGUGGAAUUGUCAAGUCCUGCAUCAGAGACUGUAGUAUCGUUUUGUGAGCCUGGGUCAGAAGAUCCAUGGGAUGCGGUACUGCUGGAAGAGAAACCUGUAAAACCUGAUCAGUUUGACAGGAAAAUUAAUGCUAAAUCUCCAUCCGGAGCUACUGUUACACGGAGCCAUUCUUUGAACCUCAGAAUGACACAUUUGCAGCUAAGCAGAGGCCAGACCAUAGAGACAGACAAUGGGACUAGUAUCAGAAUUUCGUCAGGAAAUGCUGUUUUUCAGGAACUGGAAGCAGAAGAUGAGGAAGCAGCAUCUUUCUGUGAGGAAGUUGCAAAACUCAGGAAGCAGUACCCCUGGCACAACCUCCUCUGCAAUCCUGGCUAUAUUCUCAGCACGGUGAUGCCACAGAGAAAUGUCAGUGGGGAAUUGAGCAGUGUGAAGGUAUUGAUAGAGAUUGAAGGAUUCCAGCAGCCGGUAACGUUCACAUGCGAUGUGAGUUCACCGGUCGAAGUGAUCAUUAUACAGGCUCUUUGUUGGGUCCACGAUGACUUGAACCAGGUGGAUAUAGAAAGCUAUGUCCUGAAAGUGUGUGGUCACGAAGAGGUGUUACAGAAUAAACACUGUCUGGGAAGCCAUGAAUACAUCCAAGUAUGUCGAAAAUGGGAUGCGGAAAUCAGACUCCAGUUACUGUCUGUCAACACAAUGUGCAGAGAUCUUGCUCGCACAGCUGAAGAUGAUGAGAUGCAGAUAGAUCUUAAAAAACAUUUGUCUCUUCUUGACCGACCAUUUAAAGAGCCAAUCACACGGCAUAGCUUUGAAGAAUUGCUGGAUGCCUACCAUGAGCAAGUCAGCAUGUGUCUAAAAAACAAGGGCAAUCAGUACAAAGUGGUUGAUCUUGUGAUUAAAGCAGUCCGAAACCUCUGCAAAACCGCUGACAGUGUAGAAACCCAGGCAAUCAAUGAAUCUAUUAAGAAACUCCGGAGGGCAGUGAACCUCCCCAGGAUAAAGACAGCGAAUUCACCCAGAACCACAGAUGGGUCUGACUCCAUUGCUUCAGACGGUUCUACCCGGAGUGAUAAUCCUUUAGAGGAGAGUUUGAGUGCGCUUACUACUGCCGUUCACAAUCUUCUUCAACUCCACUUUGACUCAUUUGUCACAUCCAGUUCCGUUAAAGCCACUAGCGAUGACAGAAUCACGAAAGAAGCCCAAAGCACUGCAGACCAUCUGCAGUUCACCAUUUUUGCUGCCCAUGGAAUACCUACAGCCUGGGUGUCCAGCUUUGAAAAAUACUACCUGGUUUGCUCGCUUGUCCAUAAUGGGAAGGACACGUUUAAACCUAUCCAGUCCAAAAAAGUGGGAACUUACAAAAGUUUCUUUUAUCUUGUCAAAUGGGAUGAACUGAUAAUUUUUCCAAUCCAGAUAUCACAGAUGCCUCUAGAAUCCAUUCUGCAGCUGACAUUGUAUGGGAUAUUAAACCCAAACAGUGGUGGUUCUCCUGAUUCCAACAAGCAGAGGCGAGGACCAGAGCUCCUGGGUCAAGUCUCUCUACCACUCUUCAAUUAUAAACGGCUGCUAACUUGUGGAACCAAGCUUUUAAACCUGUGGACGUCCUUCCCCGUUAACCCAGCUCCUGGAACAGUUAGCAGAAAGUCCAACCAGAUGCAAAAACUCGUUUUACAGGUUGAUUUCCCAUCUCCUGCAUUUGACAUUGUUUACCGCACUCCUGAACCUGCAAGUAGCAACGCACGGCAAAACAUUGACACCCUGAGCAAGGAGGCGAAGUCCAGGCUUCUUUCACUUCUUGCCAAAGAUUCAAUAUUUGGGUUAUCAAAGGAAGACAAGGAAUUUUUAUGGGAAAAACGUUACUAUUGUCAUGAGUAUAAGGACAGCCUUCCAAAGAUUUUGGCAAGUGCCCCGAGCUGGGAUGUAGCUUAUCUGAGUGACAUCUACUCGUUAAUCCUUGACUGGCCUCCACUGCAUCCUGUCACUGCUUUGGAAAUGCUGAAUGUGAGAUUCUCCAAUCAGAAAGUGCGCUCGAUAGCUGUGAAAUGGAUUGACAGUGCUCUGAGUGAUGAUGAAUUGGCUGAUUUUCUGCCACAGUUUGUGCAGGCUCUACGAUAUGAAAUCUAUUUGGAUAGUGCUCUUGUAAGAUUCCUUUUAUCUCGGGCUUUGGGAAAUAUUCGCAUUGCACAUUAUCUGUAUUGGUCACUGAAAGAUUCGCUGAAUGAUCCUUAUUUGGGGAAAAGGUAUGAGCAGAUCCUUGGUGCCUUACUUUCAGUUUGUGGAAAAGGACUGCGCAGUGAACUGGAAAAACAGACUAGACUUACUCAGGUGCUUGGAGCUGUAGCUGAAAAAGUUCGCCAGACCAGCGGUUCUGCGAGACAGGUGGCUCUUCAAGAGGGCAUGGAGCGUGUACAGCUUCUGUUCAGGAAGAGUUUUUGCCGUCUUCCCCUAAACCCCAGCCUGGUUGCCAGAGAACUUAACACUAAGGUAUGUUCUUUCUUCAACUCUAACGCUGUGCCGCUGAAAAUCACCAUGGUCAAUGCCGAUCCGGUAGGGGAGGAAAUUAACGCCAUGUUUAAGGUGGGGGAAGAUCUGCGCCAGGAUAUGCUUGCACUGCAGAUGAUAAAGAUUAUGGAUAAACUCUGGCUUCAAGAAGGACUAGACCUUCGCAUGGUCAUCUUUAAGUGUCUUUCGACUGGCAAAGACAAAGGCCUAGUGGAAUUAGUUCUGUCAUCAGAUACCCUGAGGAAAAUCCAAGUGGAAUAUGGAGUGACGGGAUCUUUCAAGGACAAACCUCUCGCAGAGUGGCUGAGAAAAUACAACCCAUCUGAGGAAGAGUAUGAGAAGGCCUCGGAAAACUUCAUAUAUUCCUGCGCUGGGUGUUGCGUUGCUACAUACGUGCUCGGGAUCUGCGAUCGUCACAACGAUAACAUUAUGCUGAGAAACACUGGACAUAUGUUUCACAUCGAUUUUGGGAAGUUUCUGGGACAUGCACAGAUGUUUGGUAGCUUUAAAAGGGACAGGGCCCCCUUUGUAUUGACCUCAGACAUGGCCUAUGUAAUUAACGGAGGGGAAAAGCCCACCAGCCGAUUCCAGUUAUUUGUGGAUCUCUGCUGUCAGGCGUACAACUUGUUGAGGAAACAUUCACACCUAAUCCUUAAUCUGCUUUCAUUGAUGCUCUCCUCUGGUUUACCUGAACUCACAGGAAUUCAGGAUUUGAAAUAUGUUGUGGAUGCUCUCCAGACUCAAGCUACAGACGCCGAAGCCACCACUUUCUUCACAAGACUUAUCGAAUCCAGUCUGGGUAGUGUGGCUACCAAGUUUAAUUUCUUUAUUCACAAUCUGGCCCAGCGCUUUUCUGGGCUCCCUUCAAAUGAUGAACCUAUCCUUUCAUUUUCCCCCAAAACAUACUCUCUGAAACAGGAUGGUCGCAUCCGAGGGGCCUCGGUCUUCACUUACCACAAGAGAUAUAAUCCAGAUAAAUUCUAUAUUUAUGUAGUCCGAGUGAUCAGAGAUGGCCAGGACGAAUCAACUUUCAUCUUCAGGACGUUUGAUGAGUUUCAGGAGCUGCACAACAAGCUCAGCCUCCUCUUUCCCCUAUGGAAGCUCCCGGGUUUUCCCAGUAAAGUGGUUCUCGGCAGAACCCACAUAAAGGAAGUGGCAGCUCGAAGGAAACUGGAAUUGAACAGUUACAUGCAGAGUCUUCUGAAUAGCUCAGCCGAAGUGUCCGAGUGUGAUCUGGUUUACACCUUUUUCCAUCCAUUGCUGCGGGAUGAGAAGGCAGAAGGAUGUGAUCGGAUGGUGAAGGCAAUUGAAGACCCACCAUUAAGUCCGUCAUCUGGGAAGAUUGAAGGAGAAGUGAAACUCUCAAUUUCAUAUAGAAAUGGCACUCUGUUUGUCAUGGUGAUGCACAUAAAAGAUCUGGUCACAGAAGACAACAAUGACCCAAAUCCUUAUGUCAAAACAUACCUUCUCCCGGACCCUCACAAAACAUCCAAACGCAAAACUAAAAUAGCAAGAAAAACGUGCAACCCAACAUUUAACGAGAUGCUUGUGUACAGCGGUUAUAACAAAGACACAUUGAAACAGAGGGAGCUCCAGUUAAGCGUGCUUAGCGCCGAGUCGCUGCGAGAGAAUUUUUUCCUGGGAGGAUUAACGUUACCACUAAAAGAUUUUAACCUCAAGCAGGAGACUAUCAAGUGGUAUAAACUGACAGAGGUACCGUAUUUCAGCUAACAUUUCUACGGACAACUGGGAUUCUUCACAAAAACUUCAUUUCAAAAAGCCUUUGGACCAACAUCUGUGAAUUGGAGCAGCAAUUCGUCUUAUGGAGCAGGCUGUAGAUUUUUAAAUGUGUAUUUAAACUUAGAAGUCUAUUUUUCACUCCACAUCCUGUUUUUAUGGCAUUACAGAUGGAAUAAAAUAUAUUAAGCAU